AUGACAACUGAAAUGCAAGGGAUUCUGGGACUUGAUAAAUUGGAAAGUAAUUUUGACGCAAAAGCUUACUUGUGGGAUUUUUACAAAGGUAUAGAAGAUCCCGCGAUGCAAAUGAUGAUCAUGCUUCUGCCGAAUAUUGCUGAACGGAUGGAUUGUUAUGAGAGUUUGCUUGACUUUGGCGCCGGACCAACAGUACACGUUGCUGUUGUUUUUAGGAAUAAAGUGAAUAAUAUAUAUUUAGCUGAUUACUUACCUCAAAACCGCAAUGAAUUAAUGCUAUGGAGGGAUGGUACAAAUUCAUUUGACUGGACUCCGGUACUGAAAAUGAUUGCUACUGUAGAAGGUGUAGGUUGGUUACACCUCAAAGAAAUAGAACAACGAACAAAAUCUAAAAUACGUUCAGUCUUUCAUUGCGAUUGCCAUGUGGAACCAUCGAUAUCUGCUCCUAAAAUUCUGCAAAAUAACUUUGAUAUAGUUGUAACCAUGCUAUGCUUAGAAUAUUGCUGUAAAGAUGCUAAACAAUAUAAGGAAGCAGUACGAAACGUUUCAGCUCAAGUAAGACCUGAAGGAUGGUUUGUGAUGGGUGGCGUAUUAGAAGAAAAUUGGUACUCAUUUGGCGGUCAUAAAUAUGCCUGCUUUUACCUUACUGAAAGAGUGCUUUUCGAAGCGUUACGUGAAGCGAACUUAUUAGUUGAUGACCCACAAUCUCUGACUUAUUACUGUUCUGAAGGUGUUUUCUUAAUUUGUUGCAAAAAGAAAACAAACAAUAUCUGA